AUGCCGGAACUCUUCCGCGUGGCUUUAGUUCCUACCCGUGACGUUUUCGCUGCACGCUGUAUGCGUCCGUUUCCAUGGCAACAACGUUCACCUGGGUUUUCUGCCUGCUGUUCGCCUGGACCUCUCCGGUGGUGCUGUGAUGCGGCUCCAUACACAAUGAUGAGCAGGAGUGAUGUUCGUGGAUUUGUCUCCAGAGUUCAUGUGAGCAAGGUGUCAGGAAAGUUGGAAGUGCUUGAUCCAGAAGAUGAUUCGUUAAAAUGGGCUGAAACUCGAAAAGCAUGUAUGUGCGACAGUCAAAAGUUUGCAGAUAAGCAACCAAUAAAUUUACAAAAUGGGAAGCUCCAAGUGCUUGGACCUACAGAAAAUGUGUUUAUUCAUUCUGCUGAAUCUGCAUCACGGCCUGGGAGUUCCCCUGGUAGACAAGAGUCAGCUGCAAGGAGAUAUUGUUCACCAAUAAAGCAAAUCUCACUGUGUACAGUAAAGCCUAUGGCACCCAGCAGCAACAUUCCAGAUCAUAAUGUAGCCAGCUUCAAGGAUUCAAAGAAGAUAGACGCUGACCCUAUACAAAAGGAACCUGAGCCAACAAACAUUGCUGAAAAAGAGUCCACAGAGGUCCACUCAGCAGCCCUUCAUAAUCCAAACAGAACAGAGCAGCCUCAGGAGUCUUCUAGUGAUGAAGAUGAGAGUGACAGUGAAAAACCAGCUGCUCCAAUAGAGCUUUUAGCAGAGGUUUCAAAAAGACAAACAGAAGAGGUUAGUCUGAUUGAGAUGAAAGACAUUCUGUUGAUCUUCAUGGCUCUGGACUGGUCCAUGCGUAUGUGGUACUCCAACCUGAUCAGACUCCUGCCAGAUGCUAUGUGGUUUCACAUUGCUAGGAUCUUCAAUCUCAAGGACCAGUUUACCUUCCUGAUUCAUGGUUGCUGGCUUUAA